AUGGAAUCACGAAAGGAUGAUCUUGUUGCUGAUUUACGUGCUCAAGCACAACAGUAUGAAAACUUAUCCGAAACUGUUAGUACUACAACUAAUAGCAAACAACGCGUAGAUAAUGAUGGCGUUGUUUACGAAUUUGAUGAAGAAAAACGAGCUUGGUUUCCGAAGAUCGAUGACGACUUCAUCGCUGCUUAUCAGUACCAUUAUGGAACGAAUACGAAUCAACAGGAACCUACUACAGGAGUCAUUACAGCUGCAAAUAUGGCUCCUCCUACCGCUGAAGCUGCUAAGCCUAUCGUAAAUGCUUCAAAUGCGAUUCCCAAGCAAAAGCAGAAAGGGGAAGAAUCAAAAGAUAGAAAAUCUCAACCUGAAGGCUGGUUUGAUGUCGAUGAAACUAAAAAUACGAACGUUUAUGUCUCAGGCUUACCUAUGGACACUACAGAAGAAGAAUUCGUAGAAUUAAUGAGUAAAUGUGGUAUAAUUAUGCAGGACGAUGACACUAAAGAAUUCAAGGUGAAACUUUAUAGGGAUACAGAUGGGCAAUUGAAGGGUGACGGACGAUGCUGCUACUUGAAGGUCGAGUCAGUAGACCUCGCUUUACAAAUUCUUGAUGGUUCCUUAUUUAAAGACAGCACAAUUAAUGUUGAGAGGGCGAUGUUUACGUUAAAAGGACGGUAUGACCCAUCGCUGCGAAAAAAGAAGAAAAACACGAAAAAGAGAAAGAGAAAAACACAGGAAAAGUUACUUUCAUGGAAUGAAAGUAAAUCAGAAAAGCGUUCCAAACUUGAUAAGGUUUUGAUUGUUAAAAAUAUUUUUCAUCCGGAUGAAUUUGAGAAGGAUCCUACAUAUAUAACAGAAUUAAAAAGCUCUGUAAAGGAAGAGUGUGAAGCCAAGUUUGGACCUAUCAAGAAGAUAAUAAUAUUUGAUAGACAUCCAGAGGGAGUAAUUUCGAUAACUUUUGCAAAUCCAGAAGAUCGUGAUAAGUGUCUCGAGGUAAUGCAUGGGCGAUACUUUGCGAAGAGGAAACUGCAUGCUGAAAAGUGGGAUGGCUUUACUAAUUAUCAAAUUGAAGAGACGGACAUGGAAAGGGAAGAACGUAUAAAGAAGUGGGAGGCGUACAUCGAGGAAGAUAACGCUUAAAUAUAUUUAGUGAAGGUAUGAAUCGGAUGUGCGAAUACGUUGGUUGGUACAUGCUGUGAAAAUGGGAUUGCCACUUGAUAGUAUCGAUUUUUCAAUUUUAUAAUUUAAUUUGUAGUGCAAAUUUACUGUGUGAUGUGAUAACAUCAACACGUAGGUUGUACAUUCAAUACCAAGGAUGCGAAACGAUUUGUUCUUAUCGAUUGUAAUAGCAAGGUCUGUUGGUAUUUUAUGAGACGCUUGCAAAGAGCUUGCAUGUUCUAUCAAAUGAAGUUAUAAGCCUCUAUUAUGCAAUAAAAAUUCAUACACCUCCGGUAUAA